CCCAAAUGCAGAUGUACUGUUGGUAGGCGGCACAGAACAGGAAAUAGUGACAAUGAAUGAUGCAGCUUCAGCUCCACAGUGCAAACAUUUGUAAAUUAUCAAUAUUCAGGUAUAUAUAUAUAUAUAUGUGUAUUAACAUGCACUAUUAGAUGAGUUUCAAACCGGACGCUUGUUUUACUGGACUUCUGAAGUUUAAUCCCAGCAAAUAAUAUCGUUUUGACGGUAAGUAGCUAGCUAGGCUAACUGUUAGCCAGCUACUAACGUAACGUUAGCUCGUGAUGAACGCCUAGAUAUCCUAUCAAAUAAUUGUUUCUUCAAUAUCUAGUAGCUAUAGACUUUCCCAGCUCUAUUUUAAUAAAGGGAUAGUAACUACUAUUGGCCAUAAUAACUAGCUACGUAGGCAGGCCUUUCGACUAUAGAUGUUUGCUAACCAGUUGGCUACCAACCAUUUCAGCUAGCUAGCUAGAGCUGUUCAACACCUAUUUAUCACCAUCUCAACUUUCAUGACUUCUACCAUCAAAAUGCUCAAAUACAGCCAACAAGUGUUUUUUCCCUGCUAUGUAGCUAUUCCAUGUCACUGUAACAACGUAUUCAUCAGUCAAUGCAGUUUGCUGCAUUUUCUCUGAUCUGUGCACCCUUUUCUGUCCACAGCAAUGGGGGAGGUUGAGCUGUCCUGUCUGGCCUAUGUGAAGAUGUACCUGCAUGGCUGUCUGUUUCCACGGUGCAGUGUCAAUGGGCUGCUGUUGUCGUCCAGCCCAGCAGGUGGUGCUGUGUGUGUGACAGACUGCGUGCCCCUGCUCCACUCUCACCUACCUUUGGCUCCCAUCACCCAGCUGGCUCUCACACAGGUAACCAUUUAAUAACCUGAGUGGUCUUUACUGUCAAACAUAUGUCUGAAAUGACCAAAUACAUUUAGCUUAACCACUCAUCCUUACCUGGCAGUGGUGCAUGUACAUUGUGGUUCAGUCUUUUGACUUUUCAUGUAUUUGUUAUGCUGUAAUGUAUCAUACCUUAUUUGCUUCAGGUGGAUGUAUGGUGUGCACAGACACAGCAGAGGAUUGUAGGAUACUACCAAGCCAACGCCUGUGUGUCAGACAGCAGGUGUGGUCCAGCAUCACUAUCGACUCUGUAGAUGUUAAUUUCUCUUAUCACGUAGUUUCAGUGGCCUGUUAGCCUGCUUAUCAUGUGCAUAUCACCUGUGUGUUAAACUAACCACUAUCACAUGUGUUAAACAUGAACCAUUCCUUCUCUUUCCCCUUCGCUGGGCAGCCCUACGCCAUGUGCAUUGAAGAUUGCAGACAAGAUUGCCGAGCAGUGUAACAAUGCAGUUUUGUUAAUGGUAAGCAUCCACUGGGGUUUUAUUGUCUAAAUUCCUGUGUGUGUGUACAUGGUCACAAUGCAGAUUUUCGGUAUGUCUUUAUGCUGUGUGCCAUCUACUUCUCUCUUAUGAUCUAUGUGGCUUUUCAGAUUGAUGGUGGAAAGAUGUCUCCUGACUACAGGGUGCCUCCCAUAGUGAUGUAUGAGCGGAAAGACACCCGCUGGACCCUCAAAGACAAACACACGUAAGAGCUGGACAUCUCUGCUAUCCUUCUUUCAAGAUACUGUAGUUAACUACCGUUUGCUUUUCUGUUGAUAACACACCUGUUAUCAAAUGCAUUCACACAGUAACUGUGGCAACUGCAUAUGACUACAUACAGUCAGGUCCAAAGAUAUUUUGACAUUGACCAAGUUAUUAUUAUUUUAGCUGUCUACCACAGCAUAUUGGAGUUGAAAUUAAAUAAUGAAUAUGAACUGAAAGUGCAGACUUUCAGCUUUAAUUUGAGGGUAUUUACAUCCAAAUCAGGUGAACGGUGUAGGAAUUGCAGCACUUGUUAUGUGGUCCCCCUCUUUUUAAAAGACCAAAAGUAAUUGGACAUUUGGCUGCUCGGCUGUUCCAUGGCCAGGUGUGUGUUAUUCCCUCAUUAGUUCAUUUACAAGUAAGCAGAUAAGGUCUAGAGUUGAUUUAAAGUGUGGCAUUUGCAUUUGGAAUGUGUUGCUGUUAACCCUCAAUUUGUCCAAAGAGCUGUCACUGCCAGUGAAGCAAGCCAUCAUUAGGCUGAAAAAUCUAAACAAGCCCAUCAGAGAGAUAGCAAAAACAUUAGGUGUGGCCAAAUCAACUAUUUGGUACAUUCUUAAAAAGAAAGAACACACUGGUGAGAUCAGGAACACCAAAAGGCCCGGAAGACCAUGUAAAACAACUGUGGUGGAUGACAGAAUAAUUACUUCCCUGGUGAAGAAAAACCCCUUCACAACAGUUGGCCAGAUCAAGAACACCCUCCAGGAGGUAGGCGUAUCUGUGUCAGUCAACAAUCAAGAGAAGACUUCACCAGAGUAAAUACAGAGGGUUUACCACAAGAUGUAAACCAUUGGUAAGCCUCAAAAACAGGAAGACCAGAUUAGAGUUUGCCAAAAAACAUCUACAAAACCUGUAGAGUUCUGGAACAACAUCCUAUGGACAGAUGAAUCAAAGAUAAUCUUGUACCAGAAUGAUGGGAAGAGAAGAGUAUGGAGAAGGGAAGGAACUGCUCAUGAUCCGAAGCAUACCACCUCAUCUGUGAAGCAUGGUGGAGGUAGUGUAAUGGCGUGGGCAUGUAUGGCUGCCAAUGGAACAGGUUCCCUUGUAUUUAUUGAUGAUGUGACUACUGACAAAAGCAGCAGGAUGAAUUCUGAAGUGUUUAGGGCUAUAUUAUCUGCUCAGAUUCAGCCAAAUGCUUCAAAACUCAUUGGAUGGCGCUUCACAGUGCAGAUGGACAAUGACCCGAAGAAUACUGCGAAAGCAACCCAAUACUUUAAGGCAAAGAAGUGGAAUGUUCUGCAAUGGCCAAGUCAAUCACCUGACCUGAAUCCAAUUGAGCAUGCGUUUCACUUGCUGAAGGCAAAACUGAAGGUAAAAUGCCCCAAGAACAAGCAGGAACUGAAGACCGCUGCAGUAAAGGCCUGGCAGAGCAUCACCGGGGAAGAAACCCAGCAUCUGGUGAUGUCUAUGGGUUCCGGAGCUCAGGCAGUCAUUGACUGCAAAGGAUUUGCAACCAAGUAUUAAAACUCACAAUUUAAUUUAUGAUUGUUAGUUUGUCCAAUUACUUUUGAGCCCCUAAAAUUGGGGGGGGGGGUUGUAUGUAUAAAAAUGGUUGUAAUUCCUACACGGUUCAUACAAUAAUUUUGACAAAACCCUUAAAUUAAAGAUGAAAGUCUACAGUUAAAAGCACAUCUUGAUUGUUUCCUUUCAAAUCCAUUGUGGUGGCAUACAGAGCCAAAAUGAUGCAAAUUGUGUCACUGUCCAAAUACUUAUGGACCUGACUGUACAUUGUAUCUGAGUGAGCAUGGAACUAAAUUCCAAUAGUGUCAGUAGCAAGGUUUCCAUCCAACUGGCAACAGAUUUAUACAAAUAUUCUAAAAUCUGCAUGAAAAAAUUCAAAUUUUCCCACCAGAGAUGUUUCCAUCAAAUUGACUUGUUGCAGAUAAGUCUGUGUGUGAUGACCUAGUUCACAUAAAAUUAACUAUUGCUGUUAAAUUCCCAUGUACCAAAUAAAAAGUACAAGUUAAAUGGGUUUCAUCGCAUUUCCAGCUCUUCUGAUGGUUUUGUCACAAAAUGUUGCGUUAUAUAGCGUAUGUGCCCACUCUGGUCUUGGCACGUGCACCCUAGCCAACAGCUUGCAGAUAGUGCGGGUAUAGCCUACAUUAGAUUAUUAAGGACAAAAGAACGAGAUUCUCUUUGUCAAACGGCUGCCAAGCAUCCAUCAUUAUGUCACCAGAAUAAGACUCCGAAUAUUUAUUGGAAAGGAGCGUAAAGCUCAUCACCGUGCACUUUCACCACCCUAUGAAGUAUAUCAUAACUUAUUUCAUCUGUAGCCUAAUAAAUUGCAUGCUUUCCCAAGUCGUAGUGGGAGGACCACGCAACAUCAUCGCGUGACUCCAAGUUUACUUCGAUAUGGUUAUAUCAAUAUUUGUGCAUAAAAGCGUUUCCACCGCCAUUUAUCACAAUUUUAGACAAAAAGAUCCCACCUUGUUUAGCGUAUUUUGUUUUGUCGACACUUGGAAAGUGUAUCGCCAAAUGUGCUUUUUUCAUCAGUCAUGUACUUUACUUGCAUAAAAAGGUUGGAUGGAAACCUGGUUAGUGUCAGUACCUGAAGAGGAAGUACAGAUUCAUUAAAGCUACCUUUGUUUUUCUUCCAGGAUAAUGCUGCGGCAGUGGGAGGAGACUCGGGAAAUAGCCAGCCAGCUGCUGGAUGCUGGAGAUCACUCGUUAUUGGUGGAUUUUGACAGCCAUUUGGAUGACAUCACUAGGGACUGGACAAAUCAGAAACUCAAUGCCAAAAUAGCAGAGCUUGCCUCACCAGCCAAUGGUAAUGUCUGAAAUAAACUUGCGGAUUAAUUUGUUGCAUCGUUACAUUUCAAAAGUUAGAAUUAUAUGUCUUAAACCUACUGAUACUACAAAUAUUUUAAGAAUCUUCUUUUUAUUAACAUCUAACAGCCAAAUAAGCACAUCAUCAUGAUCAUUUAGAAAUAUGAAAUACAUUUAAUGCGGUCAGACAGAACACAUUGAAUAAAAGACAGGCAUAAAUAACAGAAAUAAUUAGUUUGACAGAUCUGUGCAGUCUUCCGGUCUGUCCGGAGUGUGCCUUGUCAAGCCCAGCAGCAAUGUUGUUAACCCACUUAAAACCACUGACAGAGAUAUGCUCAUAGUUAACUGGCAUCACAACAUUAUGUGCAUCCUGUCCCACUGCUUUCAGUGGGUAACCUUUUAUCAAUUUAUUAAACUACAUCUACAAACUAUAAAAAGUGUUCAUGUGCUAUUUUUCUUCUUCAAAUAAACAUCAGUUCACAUUAAUUUCUACAAUACUAACAGAUUAAAACGUCUGACAAGCCAGCCAUCACCUUGUGCACUUAAAGGCUUAAGUAGACAAUAGAAAUUCAGAAAACUAUACUUAAUUUGUGCAAUGGAGCAAGAUAGAACAACAGAUUGCCAGUUCAAAGGUGCGGAAAACAACCUUUCAGACAUGGGUCCCUAGAACAAUCUCCACACACCAUAACGCUAGAACAGGGUUGCCCAACCCUGUUCCGGGAGAGCUACCCUCCUGUAGGUUUU